AUGGGAUUCACUCCAGAGACCGGAAAGGCUAUUGAGAAAGCCUUUGUCGAAGGCCCGAAAGCCUUCGUAGUCGAUGGCAAGUUUGGUAAUGGUGCCAGAUUAUCUCAAAAGAUUGAGCCUAUAAAUGCUAUCCAGGCGUAUGUCACUGCUGGCACCACUUAUCCCGCAGAGGAUAAGGAGUUUGAGAAGAAGCUUGCCAAAAGUGCAUACGACCUAAUUCACAAACCGAAGCCGGGUCUCUACGAUGACACGAAGGCAGCUCUCACAUCCGUGUCAAAGUCAUGCGCUAAGUUCAAAAAGUCAUCUCUGGAUGAGCUGGUUUCGUACCCUACUAUCAUUAUCGGUUACUGCAACAAUGCGAUCGACGCUAUUGAGGGAAAGCGCACAGGUUUAAAGGAGCAACUUGAUAUCCUUGGAGAUGAAAAGUACGAAGCAGAGGGAUCCGAGAAAGACAAGGAAUUCCAGAGGGCCAAGAAGCUGGCAGAAUAUGACCUCGAUAAGAUGAUUAAAGAAGCCAAGGCAAAUAGCGCAAAGGCUACAGCUAUUAAAACGAAGUUGACGGAUUUCAAAAGCGAGACGGAUACCAACAAAGGGCUAGUAAAAGCUCUGAACAGCACUUACUCUGGCAAGGUGAUGUGGGAGGGCAAGUCGUAUAAUUCUGUACUGGAAUUUAUGGAUGGUGAGUUGGGCGAGUUAGAAGCCAAAGUGACAAAGAAGAAGGAUGACCAGGAAAAGGCUGAAAAGGAAUUCAAAGAGAACAUGGAUCCUAAAAAGUGGAAAUUCUGGAGUAACGCCCUCACGGUGCUUUCAGGACCCGCAGGAGCCCUUCAGUAUUCUGCUGAUAUUAUCAAGGAAGGGAAGGAAUGGGUCAAGCUCUUGAAAGAGUGGGAAGAUAGUAAGUCAGCUAAAGCCAAGGUCGCUUCAUGUCGGUGCUCUAUUGCCGCGCUCGACUCUCACCUCCCAAUUCUGGUUCAGAAGAUGGACGAUGCUAUUAAGGGCAUGGGUAUGCUGGGGAAGACCUUCGAUGACCAGGUUCUAGAAUUGGGACACGUCAAGGAUAAGUUGACUGAAACGAAUGAAAACAUUGGUAGAGAGGGUAUUUUAAGGGGUAUCCUUAUCAGAGGCGGAGUGGAAGAAGCUGCCAUAAAAUACAAGGAGAUCAAAAAAUUGGCUGACAAGUUCCACACGGAUGUUCGUAUGUACUCGACCUCGUAA